AUGGCGGAGGCGGUCGCAGUUAUGCGCGCGAAGAAGAAGGCGGCGGCGAAUGGCGAAAGGGAAGCGCCAGUGCUAACGCGGUCGGAGAGUUUGUUGGACGAGAAGUUCGACGUGUAUGAGGCGGCCAACUACCGCAUGUGGGCUCGAUCCAAAUCCGAAGCCUUUUCCAGGCGCAAGCCGUCGGGGUCUCGCAGCCGCAAGAAGCACGACUUGGAUUUCCUCGAUAGCCACGGUUUCGCGCCGCAGAAUGCGGAGAUCAUGACACGUGUCGAAGCAUCAUCUUUCAAUCCGUCCGAGGGAGACGAGGGAGACGACGACGAUGAUGGGAGAUUUGGGGGGGAUUGCGCGGAGAGCGGAGCGGAGGAAGGGAGAGCUGGCGGAGAGGGUUUGGGGACUGAGGGAGCGCGGGACAGCAGCGGCAACAGCAGCCAUAAGGGCGCGGCGGACGACGAGAGGGGGCUGCGCGGCUUCCUGCGGCAGUGCCGCCCGCGGACCUGGCGGGCAAGUAGCACGCGCUCCGACGAGAGCUGCACGGAUGGCGCGGAGGGCGCCGGGGGCGGAGAGGGGAAAGCGGCCGCGGCGGGGGCUUUUUGGAAGCGCAGCAUGACGGCGGAUAGCAUGGGGGGGGCCAGCCUGGCGCGGUCGACGAGCGACGCGCUGCAGGACGCGGAGAUGGACGAGAUGGACAGAGAGGUGCUGCAAGAGGCGUUCGUGCGCGUGGUGGGGCUGCAGCAGCGCGUGCAGCACUACCGCGACCUGGGCGGGUUCGUGGUGCUCAUGGCGCUCUUCAUCACCAUCCUCUACCUCCAGGCCGACUCCUCCCGCAGCUACGAAAUCACCGCUGCGCACGCAGUGCUCUUCCCCCCCGGCAUGAGCCAGGAUUCCGCCAACACAUUUGCUGGGCUUGAUGACUUUUACAAUUGGCUCAACACCAGCAUCGUGCAGAGUCUGUGGGCGGACCCCACAUGUGGAGACGGCUCGUGCGACCGCCCCUUCCAGUUCCCCGCGUUUGGCCGCUUUGGUUGUGAGGCGGACUGCGGCACGUUCCCCAACCUCACCACCGUAGUUGUCAGAUUCUCCUCCCACCUCGACACACAGCAGGCCGUCGACGGCUCUUCCUGGAACCUCUGCAUGGUUGACCCCGUCUCCCUCUGCUGGUACGAGUCAUUUCAGCCAUUUCCACGCGGCGAGGCAGAGGUGUCAGUGGCGUUGGACAUUCCGGACGGCGACUGGGUGGUGGUGCUCAACGCUCCUGCAGGGGGCAUCCGCGGUAAUGUGCACGCGCCCCCUCCAGGCACACAGCGCCUCGCCGUCGUCGGUGCGGCCUCCACUAUCGAGCUCGCCGCCUGGGGGUCCUGCGCGCUCGAAGAUGACGUGGACGCAGCCAAUCAGACGCAGCCAGGUGGCGGCGUUGCUGGUGCUGCGCCUGACAUCUGUCGCGAUACGUGUGCAAGGCUGGUGGCCUGCCUGCCAGCAACCUGUGGGCGAGCAUUCACGGAGAGGGAGGUGGCAGGGGCGUUCGUGGACUGUGCGCGCAUGUGCAUCGUCGCACCCUCCUCCAUCACCACCUUUGCCAGCUCUCCCUGCCCCAUGGUGCGCUCCCUGCCCCAUGGUGCGCUCCCUGCCCCAUGGUGCGCUCCCUGCCCCAUGCUGCGCUCCCUGCCCCAUGCUGCGCUCCCUGCCCCAUGGUGGGCUCCCUGCCCCAUGGUGCGCCCCCUGCCCCAUGGUGUGCUCCCUGCCCCAUGGUUCAGACGCAACGGCUCGUUUGCCUCAAAGCAGCCGCCGCAAGUGUGGUUUUUGACUGCUUGCUCUCACUCUGCCCUCGCACCACCGUUUGCCCCUGCAAUCACCUCGCUUCACAUAUUUGCACUGCCACCCUGCCUUUUCGAACCUCUCCUUCCCAACCGCUCUCCUUCUCUCUCCUUCUCUCAGGCGGUCUACCGCUUCCACCACUCUCACAGCUAUGAGCGCUGGCCUGUCUCAACUGCCACUGGGCCCCCUGAUGCCUCCUCCCCGCCCGCUGCUGCUGGAGUGCACGCUCUUGCUGCCCCUGCUGCCUCCUCUUCUGCUGCGUCCGCCUCUGACCAGCAGCGACUGACAGUGCUGCAGGUGGCGGUGUCGCGAGCCCUCUUCACCAUGGCCAAGGACCGCUGCCUGGCCGGCCACGGACCCGGAUCAAAGCGAUCACACACACUGGGAGGGCCGGGCAGCGUGCGCUGGCAUGUGGUGGCCACCCUGUGCACCAUUCUGGGGGGCCCUGUGACGACCAUGGAUGAGUGCCGCAUGUAUGGUGCGGACGGGAAGCAGGUGAUGACGCUGGCGGACAUGUAUGCAUACCUCAAGUACCGGCAUACCGGGCAUGUCAUCUCGGCGCAGCACAUGGUGCGGUGGGUGCAGACGGUGGCGGCGGCUGUGAGCUCGGUGACGCCCGUGCCGGAUGUGGCAGCGGCGCGACUGAACGCGCUCAUGCACUCCUUCAAUGAUGCCAUCAUUUCGUCCAACGCUGUCGGCUGCUCGCAAGGUGGAGCGUGGCUGCAGUGGCGGGUGGGUGUGAAGCACAACACGACCAUCCAUGUGGGCGACAAGGUCACGUGGUUGUGGGAUGACGACCUCCCACACUCCCUCAAAGUGGCGGGGAUGGGGGAGGUGGACGACCCGCUGUUUCUGGGCUUCGGAGGCCACCGAUUGGCCGUGUCGCGCAAGCUGGCGUGCACUCCCCUGAACGUGGGCAAUGGGGACGCCUUUGACGAGCCCAUGCCAUGCGUGCUCAAAAUUGACGACGGGGCCCCCGGCUCGUUCGCGUACAGCAAGGUGUUUGAGGAGCCAAUCACGAUCCACUACGAGGACGGCACGCUCUCUGUCGACGACUCCUCUUCCUCCUCCUCGCCUGCCACCUCUGCCGCGUCGCUUCUCACUGUGCUGCCUGCACGAGCAGGAGCUGAGGUUGCUGGUGGUGUGAAUGCCACGGACAGCACCACUCUCUCGAGCACUGCACGUUUCACUUCAACCAACACCUCCAUCGCUGGCACCACCAACACCACCACUGCGGCAACCUACGAGUGCUCGCCGGGGUGCCGGCUGCAGCGGCUGGCGAACGGGGUGUGCGAUGCGGCGUGCAACACGCCCGCGUGCGCCUUUGACGGUGGCGACUGCGCGUGUGUCGACCCGCUCUUUGGCCCCGGCAUCUGCCCCUGCCCGCCCGGCCACACCCGCCGCGACGACGGCUCCUGCUGUCUAUCCACGGCGGUGGGCGCCAAUCUCAACUUCCCCUUCUCACUGCAGCGCUACGGCCCCAACUACACAGAGAGCAACUUUGCUUUUGCUGCCGAGAGGGGUUUUGCUGCCACCCGCUUCGUCUCACACCGCAACCGUCUGCUGAUUGGCUUGGUGCUGCAGCAGGAUCGCUGGGGCACGCAACAGUGCAACGGAUCGGGCCUGCUGCACCUGGCGGGGUGGUGCAGCAACGGCACAUCCAGAGAGCCAUUUGGGGUGAACCCGCACUUCCUGCCCACGUCGGCCAUCUACGACAGCGCUGCCAGCGCCAACAUGAGCCAGUUCGACAACAACACCCUCAAUCCGCAGAACCUCCCCUACGGAUUCAUCUACCCCGUGGACUCCCUCACGGUCUACCCGCUUGUGUUUGACAUCAAUCUUGACUACGAGGCGGCCAUGCGUCGCCUGCACUACCUGGUGGAUGGAAGCUAUAUUGACAAUGGCACUCGCACUGUCGACGUCAGCUUCAUCAGUUUCAACGGCGAGACGCUCACGUUUGUGCUCACAACUGUUAGUUGCAAAGUCACAACGGGCGGCAGCAUGGCAGUAUCGAUCAAGUCACAGCCAGCAGCCAUGGCGAUGUACGAUGCAUCGGCGGACAACAUCGCACGGCUGGUGCUGGAGGUGGUGUAUCUGGUGGGGCUGCUCUGGAAUGUGUGUGGCGAGCUGCAGGAGAUGGCCGACCGCGCCGCGAUUCACGGCUCUGUGCUCAGCUAUUUCAGCCUCGUGUGGAACUGGGUCGACAUGCUCUCUCUCACACUGCAAGUGACCGCAGUUGUUAUCUGGGUGGUGCUGUGGCGGUACGUGGAAGCAUUUGACAUGCAGCCACGAUACGACAUCUACUACACGCUGCUCGAGAUGCCGCGCUACUGGGCCGUGCCCAACCCGCCCACGGGCUUCAUCAGCGCCACUCAGGCCUUCGCUGAUCUGCGCAACAUCAUCAACCUCCGUGGCAUCUACUUUUCCCUCCAGGGCAUCAAUCUCUUUUUCAUGAUGAUUCGCCUACUCAAGGUGAUGGACUUCCAGCCUUACCUUGGAGUCAUCACUCGCUCCCUCGCCCUCGCCACGCCCUCCCUGAUGCACUUCUUCCUGCUCUCCUUUACGGUCUUCUUCUGCUUCAGCAUGUACGCCUACCUUGUCUUCGGAGGAGCACUUGAGAUGUUCUCCACGGUCCUGGAGUCUAUGUUCUCGUGCUUCCUGCUGCUUCUCAAUGACAACGGCUCCGCCUACUUUUUUCAACGAAUGGAGUCGUGGGACCUCAUAGCUGCGAUGCUCUUCUUCUUCAUGUUCAUUGUCUUCAUGGUCUUCAUCCUCCUCAACUUCCUCAUCGCCAUCAUCGUCGAUGCCUUCAUGAGCGUCAAGGACAGCAACCUUGUCGCCACCUCUAUAGUCGCUGACCUCGCUCACAUCUUCAAGUACAAGUGGAACUGCUGGCACGGCCGCUACUUGCCGUAUCCGCUCAUUCUUGACCGCCUUGUGGAGUUGGGCGCUAAGGACACUCGAGUAGACGAGUCAAUGAAGGGCCGCACGCGAGCCAUCUUCUCCUGCAGCUGUGGCGGCGGAUGCAAGCCCGCGCACCUCGAUUGCGCCGAGAACCACCCCACCUUCCCGUCCGCCAGCCAGACUGGCGAGCGGCUGCAGCACGUGCUGACAGUGAGGGAGAAGCGCAUCGACGUCAUCUCACUCUCCAUGAUCCUGCAGCGCCGCCAGGACAGGGAGCGAGUGGGGCCGUACAAGGCUGAGUCACCGUACAAGUGUUUUCCAAGGGCAGCCUCAAGAGAGUGUGCGGACGACGAGCAGUUGGAUCAGCUGUCGCAGGCGGUGGUGCUGCAGUGCGGCGAGGUGGUGAAGCAGGCCGCUCUGCCCGUCAAGAAGAGUGCAAAGAAGCUCAGCCUCGCUCACCUCAAGGAGGAUCUGGCGCGCAGCGAGGCGAAGGUGGAGGAGCUGAGUGCCAUGAUGACGGACAUGCACGCACUCAUGCUCGACCUCCUCGCCCGCACGCCCCCGCUAGGCAACACUGCCCACUCUCCGGGUACGCCCGGGGGGCUGCCAGCAUUGUCAAGCAUGCCGCGUGCCUACACGGAGCCCCCGCGGCGUCUCAUGUCCCUCGCAGACUCCCCGCCGCCACUGGAGCAAGCAGGCAGCAGGAGAGAGGUGCUUAGGAGGUUCAGUGAGAGUGGGGGCGGUGGGGGCCCAGAUGAGGGAGAGAAAAGAGCGGGGGCGACAAGAGAUGGUUGGAGCCCUGCAGGAGGGAGCUCGAGCAGAACCCCGGUGCAGGUGUCACCAAGGCUCAGCGAGAGUGGGACCGGUGGGGAGGCAUUCAGGGGAGAGAAAAGGGUGGGGGGUGCUAGAGAUAGUCCGAGCAGUGCAGGAGGGAGCUCGAGCAGAACCCCGGUGCAGGCGUCACGAGUGUUGGGCAGGCGGGUGUCGUGGCAAGAUGGCAGAGGGGCGGCGGCGCAAUCAAUGGCGGACCACCCGGACGCCAUUGAACGACCUGAUGACCCCGGCGAUGAACCCGCUCGUCGUUCGCCAAUUGAUCUGUCUGCGGCCGUUACCGGGCUGGAUCUGCUAUUCUCCAACUUAGCGGCAGUAGAUAACCAUGGAAAGGCGCCUGCAGUCGCGCCGACUGUCGAUGUUCCAUUUGAACCCAUCGACGAGCCUCUGUGUCCCUCCCCUACUGCGCCCGUGUUGGAGCAAGACAGCUCCAACCCUUCAGGUGAAGAAAUCGUGGCGGUGCCAGUGGCUAAGAAGUCCGCCAGGUACACGCAGUCAACGCUGCCGUGGCCCAAGAAGGGAGGUCCCGCUGCCUGCUGUCUAUCCACGGCGGUGGGCGCCAAUCUCAACUUCCCCUUCUCACUGCAGCGCUACGGCCCCAACUACACAGAGAGCAACUUUGCUUUUGCUGCCGAGAGGGGUUUUGCUGCCACCCGCUUCGUCUCACACCGCAACCGUCUGCUGAUUGGCUUGGUGCUGCAGCAGGAUCGCUGGGGCACGCAACAGUGCAACGGAUCGGGCCUGCUGCACCUGGCGGGGUGGUGCAGCAACGGCACAUCCAGAGAGCCAUUUGGGGUGAACCCGCACUUCCUGCCCACGUCGGCCAUCUACGACAGCGCUGCCAGCGCCAACAUGAACCAGCUCGACAACAACACCCUCAAUCCGCAGAACCUCCCCUACGGAUUCAUCUACCCCGUGGACUCCCUCACGGUCUACCCGCUGGUGUUUGACAUCAAUCUUGACUACGAGGCGGCCAUGCGUCGCCUGCACUACCUGGUGGAUGGAAGCUAUAUUGACAAUGGCACUCGCACUGUCGACGUCAGCUUCAUCAGCGAGACGCUCACGUUUGUGCUCACAACUGUUAGUUGCAAAGUCACAACGGGCGGCAGCAUGGCAGUAUCGAUCAAGUCACAGCCGGCAGCCAUGGCGAUGUACGAUGCAUCGGCGGACAACAUCGCACGGCUGAUGCUGGAGGUGGUGUAUCUGGUGGGGCUGCUCUGGAAUGUGUGUGGCGAGCUGCAGGAGAUGGCCGACCGCGCCGCGAUUCACGGCUCUGUGCUCAGCUAUUUCAGCCUCGUGUGGAACUGGGUCGACAUGCUCUCUCUCACACUGCAAGUGACCGCAGUUGUUAUCUGGGUGGUGCUGUGGCGGUACGUGGAAGCAUUUGACAUGCAGCCACGAUACGACAUCUACUACACGCUGCUCGAGAUGCCGCGCUACUGGGCCGUGCCCAACCCGCCCACGGGCUUCAUCAGCGCCACUCAGGCCUUCGCUGAUCUGCGCAACAUCAUCAACCUCCGUGGCAUCUACUUUUCCCUCCAGGGCAUCAAUCUCUUUUUCAUGAUGAUUCGCCUACUCAAGGUGAUGGACUUCCAGCCUUACCUUGGAGUCAUCACUCGCUCCCUCGCCCUCGCCACGCCCUCCCUGAUGCACUUCUUCUUGCUCUCCUUUACGGUCUUCUUCUGCUUCAGCAUGUACGCCUACCUUGUCUUCGGAGGAGCACUUGAGAUGUUCUCUACGGUCCUGGAGUCUAUGUUCUCGUGGUUCCUGCUGCUUCUCAAUGACAACGGCUCCGCCUACUUUUUUCAACAAAUGGAGUCGUGGGACCUCAUAGCUGCGAUGCUCUUCUUCUUCAUGUUCAUUGUCUUCAUGGUCUUCAUCCUCCUCAACUUCCUCAUCGCCAUCAUCGUCGAUGCCUUCAUGAGCGUCAAGGACAGCAACCUUGUCGCCACCUCUAUAGUCGCUGACCUCACUCACAUCUUCAAGUACAAGUGGAACUGCUGGCGCGGCCGCUACUUGCCGUAUCCGCUCAUUCUUGACCGCCUUGUGGAGUUGGGCGCUAAGGACACUCGAGUAGACGAGCAAUCCCUCUUGCAAUCGGAUCGGCGGAUGCGUCGCAUGCAGUCAAUGAAGGGCCGCACGCGAGCCAUCUUCUCCUGCAGCUUUGGCGGCGGAUGCAAGCCCUCGCACCUCGAUUGCGCCGAGAACCACCCCACCUUCCCGUCCGCCGGCCAGACUGGCGAGCGGCUGCAGCACGUGCUGACAGUGAGGGAGAAGCGCAUCGACGUCAUCUCACUCUCCAUGAUCCUGCAGCGCCGCCAGGACAGGGAGCGAGUGGGGCCGUACAAGGCUGAGUCACCGUACAAGUGUUUUCCAAGGGCAGCCUCAAGAGAGUGUGCGGACGACGAGCAGUUGGAUCAGCUGUCGCAGGCGGUGGUGCUGCAGUGCGGUGAGGUGGUGAAGAAGGCCGCUCUGCCCGCCAAGAAGAGUGCAAAGAAGCUCAGCCUCGCUCACCUCAAGGAGGAUCUGGCGCGCAGCGAGGCAAAGGUGGAGGAAUUGAGUGCCAUGAUGACGGACAUGCACGCACUCAUGCUCGACCUCCUCGCCCGCACGCCCCCGCUAGGCAACACUGCCCACUCUCCGGGUACCCCCGGGGGGCUGCCAGCAUUGUCAAGCAUGCCGCGUGCCUACACGGAGCCCCCGUGGUGUCAAGAAUAA